UGCAGCACGUGCAAUAUGCACUGGUUUCGCCAACUUUAUUUUUACCAUUCUGAGAGUCCGACUAGUACUAUCUUCCGAAAGUAUCAUAUGCAAUACGGUGCAGCCCAAGCCUGGGUUUGGGUCUGUCUUCUAGUCCUGACUCCUAGUUAUCAGAGUCAUCCCACCUUGGAAUACUGACAACUGCCGGUCCUAUCUGGAACGCAUUGUUAAAUUCCUACUACUACUUCAACUCACCUUUUGUCAUUGAAGACACAAUGUUGGGCCGGCAGUCUCGCGACAGUUUGCAUCUUCUUGCCAAGAUACCACCAAUGCUAGCCUUUAACUUGCAAAAGUUACCCCACAGCCAGUCGACGACGUUAGCGCUGUCGGCUUUCAAGUAUAUCUUCUUAGUCUUGCUAUUCGUUAAUUGUCGGUCUUUACCGUUUGCCUGGCACAUUCGCGUGUUCCUGCCAGUCCUGCGACUCCGUCUCCAGUACUACCUUCUACGACUUCGCAUCCUGUUCAAGCCCAAAGAGGUCAGGGCAAAGAUUCUUGCCGACUGGGGCGAAGAUCUAUGUCCAAUUGGUGCAAACCCCUUCGAGCUCGUGAGCAUUCAUCGUAGCUGGACGAGUGUGGAUGACGUCGAUUACAAUGGACACCUCAGCAAUUCUAGUUACGCGAAGGCCCUCGAUGCUGCUCGCUUGAAACUGGUUCUGAAAACUGUCCCUGCUUUCGCAAGGAGUGGCGGGUGGAUGGCUCUAGGCUCUACUCACUUUCAUUUCAUUCGAGAAAUACCGUUCCUAAGUAGCUACGAGAUAAGACUCUCCAUCGGGGCAUGGGACAAUAAAUGGAUGUUCGUGAUUGCUCGCUACAUCUCUUUCCCGGGCCCAAAGAACAGGCACAGUGCCACCCAUAAACUACAGGUUGACGGGGCAGGUCAGCAACUAGGGACUGGUAAUGAUAGUGCCAGACCAUCAAAGACACCGACAGCAUUAGAUGACUUCCCUCGAAUUCUGCUGAGUACGCCUGCAGAAGACUUGGCCACCCCUGCAACCCCCGGUGAUACGACUGAGGCGAACUACAACCUUCAAGCUGAAAAGACAAAAAGGGAAAUAGAAGCCCUGGCUGCCGCACAGUCAAAAUUGCCUGAACCCGAUGGCGCUGUACUUCACUGUGUGGCGAUCUCAUAUAUUUGCUUCAAGCACGGCCGCAUCACAGUACCUCCUGGCGUUAUUCUCCCAUGUGAAGGUUUUUCGAAACCUCCCAGUACUAAUCCUGCCGCGCCGUUCUCGUCAACAAACCCUCCUCCUCACUGGAAGAAGGCCCAGGCAUUGCGUGUCUCUCCAUCAGGCAGUAUGCCUGCAUUUGCAAAAUUUCUGAAAGGAGGCUGGCGCGAUGUGCCUGAAGACGAGAGGUGGUGGGAAGAUGCGUUGAAUGGGCCGAUAGAAGAGCAGCGAAAGGCAAAUCUCGGAGUCCUUGAUUCUAUCAGGAAAGGGAUGGAAGGGGCUAGAUCCAUUGGCUAGUUGCUGAAAAGAAUUCUACAUUAUUGAAAGGUAGCUUAAAACCACAUAACUCAUACCUCGUCUCGUCUCAACCCUGUAUUCGCGUGAGGCUAUAAGACCAUCUCAAGGCUUUCUCAUUGAAGGCAAUCUCACACGCAGAUCGUUGCCGCGGAGCACAUAGGCCCUUUUCCCAUUUGUUGGCCCAAAGUACUCGAUUCCGGUCACAGAUGUUCCUCGCUGCUGUCGCUUACUUUGCAAAAGCCAACAACUCUAAC